AUGGAUUUACCGCGUAUCAGCAGUCGACAGACAAAGACGCUCCCGCGAUUACGACGGGAACCUGAUCCCAAGAACGAAGACAGCCAUGGGUACAGAACUCCGGAGCAGCAGGACUCCUCAUCUCCAGUGAUGCCCUUCAUGUUUGACAAAAAUCGUGAUAUCCCCACAGCUUCAUCAUCUGAUCUUGCAUCAAAAACAAGCUCUGUCAACAUUGGAACGGGAUUUCUCAAGAUAAACACCGAAGUUGCAGAAGGAAGUAGCAGGAGCAAUGCUCAAGUAUUCGAUGAAAUUGGGGCAACAUUUUUGGAAGCUGAUGCUCUUUUGGAGAAAUGUCUAAGAUCUCCGAAAGCAAGUGUCAAGUUGAAUUUUGAAGUUGGAGGUCUAUCUAAUUUUGUCCAUCAUCACCCUUCAACAGACAACGAGAAAACUAUGUUUGACCCUCUUAUUGCCUUCGGUUGCAAGCAGUUGCUUAGCACUGAAAAUUUGCAAGAGUUUCCUGAGCGUUUGAAUGAAAACGCAUGCAAGCACUUUGUGAGAAGAUACAAGUGCCAGAAGGAGUUGCCUUUGCAAGAUGGCUUCAAACUCCAAAAUUUGAUUCUUGAACCGUUGAAUGCAACAAUCGCCGAAGAGAAGCCAACAAAAUCCCAAGAAGCAUUCAGGCGUCAAAUUUCUUCAGCCAAACCUUUCAAAAAAGCUCAUUUGUACAAGUGUGCAGGCGCCUUCUGUGAUUUCUCAACAAGCAACCCCACAGCGUUCUAUGCCCACAUGCAUUUGAUGCACAGAGGGGAAGAAAAGGAAAUUGCCAAGUGCAUUUAUUGUUCAGAGGCAUUCCUUGUAUACGCCCAUUUGGUGAAGCAUGUGUUCACAAAGCACAGAAAUCUGCGGUAUCAGUGUCCUCAUUGCUUCUCAAGACGUUCUGGUGAAGAAGAAAUGAAACAGCAUGUGUUCCAGUUUCAUGGUGGAGGAGAUUGCGUGGAGGAUCUGUGCAGUUCCUGGGAAAACUUUGCGAACUUCUUCAAUCAUGUGGGACUUGACCUGCCGGAAGCGCGAAUGAAGAGUACAGGACAGUGGCUACCCUUUGAUCCCUGGAGCUUUGAAAAGUUGUCGAGAAUUCCAGUUGGGAAGAUACAUAACGUUCUGAAAAAGUCAUCUUGUUUGAGAACGAUGUUGGAGAAACCAGUGGCCAAAGAUAUCUUCAAAUGCAUGCAGUAUGGUUGCUGUUUUUCAACCGAUGCCCCGAAUUGGUUCAUCAGCCAUCUUGAGAAAGCUCAUCGUAAAUGUGCCGCGGAGACUUACCUGUUCUGCUCUUACUGCUUUGAGCCUGCGAACCUGCCGAAAGAACUUGCGGUUCAUGUGAUAAGCACUCAUGGACAAAAUGAUUGUAAUUUCGUGGAUUGUGACCCGGAAAAUAUGGAGUUCCAUUUGUUGGGGCAUGGCAUGCAGAAGUUCCCGUGCAGGAUUUGUUCGGGAAGAACGAGCUUUGCGUCAGCCUUUGCGCUUCUCGAGCAUAUGAAUGUGCAUGAAAACCAUCAGGGCACUUGUGGAGUGUGCUCCAGACGUUUUCGUAAGUUUUCUGAGAUAUGCAAACACGCAUUCGAGCGCCACCCAGAAUGCAAAUGGGACUUGGAGAAUUUAGAUCUUCGUCCUAUUUCUCUGGCCUUCCGUGUUCCUGAAAGUCUGUCGGAUGGAGCUGAUGGUUGCAAUUCGAAGUCAAAAGUUGGUUUGGGUAUGAAGAAAAUGGAGAAGUUUCCAGCGAGGAACAUGCUUGCAUGUCCGUCAUUGGUCAAAGGAAAAUCAUGCGAUGCACAUAUUUCAAGCUUGUCUGAAUUCCGGAACCACGUUCUGACGUGUUCGCUGAAAAGAAUCUUGUCAUGUCCGUAUUGUGUUUCUAACCGCCAGAAAACGUCUAGUCUAGAGUCUGCUUUCAGUUAUCUGAAGCAUUGGGCGCAUCACCACGUUAACGAUGUGAAUUACGUUUGUGGCUCGUGCGACGCUCCGGUUCCCAAUGCGGAACUGAAUUCCCAUUGGAGGAGGAAGCAUCGACAAGAUAAUGCUUACAUCGUGAUACCUGCUGAUAAUCUCAAUGAUGCCAGGAAUCUUUCCGGAAAGGAUAGUUUGAAGGCAUCGGGCUGUGUUGAUCCGGUUGUGGUUUUACUUCCCGCCUCGUCGAGCAAGAUUUUCGUUCCCGGCAUGGAAAAUGCGAUUGGUGGAGUAUUUCUUCCUUUUGAAUGGAGUUGCAAUGUGUGUCCAUUCACGUCAGCUUUCGUGGACUCCGUCAAACAACACUGUCUUCUUCAUAAAGCAGCUUUACGGAACCUGUCUCUGGUUGUGCCUUCAACAUCAGCCAUGAACAAAGUUUGUGGACUAGGGAAGAACGAGGAUGUGAAAAUGGCGAAUUUGGCCUAUUCUUCAAAAGAGGUUGUUCGCACAGAGCAUCCCGCAAAUUCUGCAGGCGAAGACCUGAUUAAAUCAACCAAGUAUCCCCCAUUUGUCAAGGAAGAGUUGAGGUUCAAGUGCCCUGUUCCAAGCUGCGGGGCGUUGAUUCCGUCUCUGGAAGAGUUGAAAGAACACAUGAUUGACAGUGGCCAUGUGGAUUGUCUUAUUUGUCCACAUUGUCCAAGGCUUGACUUGCGUUCAUUCGAAGAAUUCUGGAAUCACCUGCGACUGCAUGGUCCCAUAUUGUUGCAAUGCAAUGCCUGCCAUCUUCUGUGCGCUUCCCAUUCUGAGAUGAUUUCGCACAGUCGGGAAAUGCAUUUCGCCUAUCAGAACGUUUGUGUUCAACCAGAUCUUCUGCUUGUGAUGGCCACGAGAUGGCAAACAGUCCUGCGGGAUCUUAGCAGCUUCGUUUACCGCAAGGAAGAUAUUUAUCAUGUGGAACACGUGAUUCAAGAACCUGCGUGCUCAUCUGACGUGUCAAAAAAUGAGGAACCUUUAGUUUCCGAACAAGAUUCACUCAUUCCCAAGAAAGUUGCGGCGAACAGAAAGGACGGGAUUGAAAAGUUCAAAAGGGUGGAACAUUACCGAAUGUCCAUCCUGGAUUUCCCCAAAACAACUGCUGACGUAUUUUUGACGAGGAUACGACAUCCUGCCAUUUCUUCUGAACUCACAAGGAUAAAGAAGACGAAAGCAGAAAUAUCUUACCUCGCGGACAGUAGUGACAAUUGCUCGUUGGCCGGAGAACUCAACUCGUCCAAGCCAAAGCUUUCAAAUGGAUUCAUAAAUGUUGUUGAGCCACCAGGCUUUGGCAACAUGUUGUUGAAACAUCCGUGUGAUUUGUGUGGAGCUAGGUUUGCGUCGUCCGGUGCCCUCAGGGCUCAUUCGCGAGGAGAACACUCUUCCAAGAAACCGCAGCAUAUGAUUAAAUGCAAGCUGUGUAGUCACACGGAGUCUACUGAAGAUGCCAUGAGAUUGCAUUUCGCCAGUAGUCAUCCGCAAGAAACCUACGAUGCUCCAAAUUCUUCGGGAAAAGCAUCAUUAAAAACGUGUUUGGAGAACGUGACUGGUUUCUGUGGGGAUGCAUUAAAUCUCAACGGUUCCGGAUUGGUGGAUUUCCUCAACAAAUGUCAGGAUCUGAAGCUUAACAAGCGUUUUCUGCGGACGGGAGAGUGAUUCGAAUGAUUGUUUUUACAUUGACGGUAUUUUCGUGAAGUAAUUAUGCGAUGUCCUGCUUUAAAUGCUUCAGAGCGUAUAGUUCAUCCAUCCAUGAGUGUGAUGUGAGGAGUCCAUCAAAAGUCUCGCAAAUCGCCCAAAUCUUUCUGGCUGCCGGUGAAACAUAAGUAUUUGGUUACAACGAUUUUUAAAUGAGUUUCAUCCCAUUUCGCUCAGAAUAACGCAAGAAGCAAAUCAAUGUUCAACUCUGUUUUAUGCGACGAGAGAAUUCUUUGUUAAAAAAAUACAUGUAACGCGUACAUUGAAAUUUUAUGGGUUGUCUGUCAGUCACAGAAACUCCUACAAAUAACAAAACGAACUGUAAAGAGGGAAAUUUCAAAAAGUUGCAUCUUUCAAAUCAUCUUGCUCAGUUGCUCCGGAAAAUUUCGGAUUGAGUUUAUUGUCGAUAAUAAGUGCCGUAAAAAAAAAUUGUGAUAAGAUUACGCUCGUUAUUGUGAUUGCAAUUGUUGAAGACAGCUGAGAAACCUUGGAGCAUCUUCAUCAUAACUGAGGACUUGGAAUUUUGUUCAACUUCUUCCUGAUGCUCUCCAUAAAUCAUAAGUCCCUCUAGUAAAUUUAUGAAUCUCUUAUUUGUUCUUUGUACUGUAUUUUUUCAAUUUUAUUUAAAAUGAAUAAAAUGCCAAUAAAAUUUGAAGUGGAGGUUUUAUUCGCGUGCGAUGAAACUAUAAUGGCGUGCAUAGGACUCCUGAGAAACCCAUUGUACUGUAUACUUGGGUGUGGUGGGCCGACUUUUUUCAAAUGUUCAAAGCAUGUAUGGAUGGUUGCUCGAUCCCUGAUUUCUGUGAAAUUCAAUGUUUUUUCAAUUUGUUUGUGCUUUGUCAAGCAGUAUUUCAGUUUAAUAAUUGUCUCGCCUUCGUCAAAUCAAUUGUUUUUUUUUAUGAAACGGCAUUUGUGUAGGUUUUUGACUUUAUUACGGUGUACCGUGUUGAAGGAGAAAUUCGAUGGGAGUGUUAUGUACGUGUGCGCGAAUUCUUUCGGAAAAUGAAGUAUGCGUCGUGGUGCGCUGAAUUGAAGAUUGA